CGCCCGGCGGAAACGCGAUCCGGGAAAAGGCGAUCGGGGACCUGGCCGACCCGGCAUGGAGCCCGCAGAGCGCGCGCAGGCGGCCUUGGACCGCGUGCCCAGGGUGGACGCCUACGGCUUCGAACGGCCGGCGGACGUGGACGCGGCCGCCUACGAGGACUCGCUGGCCGCGCAGCUGGCGGUGCUGGCGCGCAGGGCGCACAAGUGGGAGCGGCUGCUGCGGGGAGGAGGCGUGCGCAGGAACCUGACCCUGAAGCGCUACAUCCGGAAGGGUGUGCCCCUGGAGCACAGGGCCCGUGUGUGGAUGGGGGUGAGCGGGGCCCAGGCCCAGCUGGACCAAAACCCCGGCUACUACCACCGGCUCCUCCAGGGCCACAGGGACGACAGCCUGGAGGAGGCCAUCAGGACAGACCUGCACCGGACUUUCCCUGACAACGUCCGCUUCCGCAGAGACGCGGAGCACUGCCUGCAGGAGCCGCUGUUUAAUGUGCUGCUGGCGUACGGGCUGCACAACCCGGCUGUGGGGUACUGCCAGGGCAUGAACUUUGUCGCGGGUUACCUGUUGCUGGUCAGCUCGAGGGAGGAAGAGGCCUUCUGGCUGCUGGACGCUCUGCUGGGGCGGAUCCUGCCCGACUAUUAUGGCCCGGCCAUGCUGGGGCUGCGGACGGACCAGGAGGUGCUGGGUGAGCUGGUGAGGGCCAAGCUGCCUGCCGUGGCCGCCUUGCUGGACAGACACGGUGUCCCCUGGAGCCUGCUGGCCGCCCGUUGGUUUAUCUGCCUGUUUGCAGAUGUCCUCCCUGUGGAGACGGCACUGCGCGUGUGGGACUGCUUGUUCUGCGAGGGCUCCAAGGUGCUGUUCCGCGUGGCCCUCACCCUGCUCAAGCUGCACCAGGCUUUCCUGCUCAGUGCAGCCUCAGGCCCGGAGCUCUGCCAGCGCGCCCAGGAGAUCACCCGGGGGGCCUGCGCCUGGCACUGCUACUCCUUCAUGCAGAGCAUCUUCUCGGAGCCGGGCAGCCUGUCCCGAAGCUCCAUCCGCCGGCUGCGCCAGGCCUGCAGGAGACGCCUGCUGGUCCAGGGUUGAGCACCCCUGCCGGGCCUCACAGCAGCCUGGGACCUGCCUCCAAUCUGACCCCAGGAGUCACGUUCUCAGAGACUCUGCCGCAGAGACUGAGCGUCCCCCCAGGAGUCACGUUCUCAGAGACUCUGCUGCAGAGACUGAGCACGUCCGCCUGGACUAACGACCGGACUGGGAAUUAAAACAGUGGAACCUGG